AUGUCCGAAACUGCUAUCAAGACAGAGACGCAAGAUAGCGAUGGGGUAGUGAAAAGCGAGAAAGAAAACAAGGAGAAAGACGGAAAGCAAAGAUCUGUGUCAUUUAAUAGGGACGUACACGUCAAACGUUUCGGUAAACCGCGUGAGCGGGGUACCUCUGAUCAGCCACCAACGAUACGAAAAGAACCUUUUACACAUUUAUCUGAAGAAGAAUUAAUUGAAGAAGCAAACAAAGUUAUCGCUCAAGCGCAGAGUGUUACUUGUACCGUAGAUCAUCCACCUGAGAAGUUUUUUUCUCUUCCACAUAGAAGAAAGUUAAAAGAAGAUAGAUCUUGCAGAAGGAAUAGUGACGACGGAGGUUCUCCAGAAGAAAAUGACAAAACUCCUUUGGGUAGAUCUACUAGUGAUGUAAAUCCCAAAAAAAGAAAAGAAAGAACAUCUCUGUCAACUCUAUUUAGACGAGCUCAAAGAACAAAAAGUCCUGAUGCACCAGUGGUGGUUACGACAAAGCCUACAGUUGUUGUAAAAAGAAGCAAAAGUGACGUAUCUGACCUAAAAUCUAAUACGAAUCUCAAUAAAACUAAACCUAUUCGCAAACGAUCGGGAAGUGAAACGGAGGAAUUUUUAAAAUCGUUGCGAAAUAAAAAAUCUCAAUUGUCCCCUAUUAUAGAAAGUUCACCAAGAGAAGAUUACUUUAAGAAAACUUCUCCACUCGAUUUACUGCAAAAUAAUAAACCAUCUGAGAAAGAAAGUAUUAAAUCAGACGGGCCUCUUUCAAUAGAUAGUAAAAAAGUCAAUCCAAUUGAAAAACCUCCUCGAUUCAAAACUGACAAAUCAGAACCGAAACCACCAAUACGUAAUAAAAGGGGAAAAUCCUCCGAAAAAGAACAAUCACCGCCAAUUACAGAAACACCAAAACGAAAAACAGACGUAAAAAAAACUGUUCUUGUGGAUGAGUUAGAUUCAACCCAGCCAAACGAUAGCCACAUCGAUAUUAAAGAUAAUAUUAACGAUAAAAUUCGAAAAAUUGAAGAAAACGUAUAUGCUGAUAAGGAGAUGAGACACAGUAGUCAACAACCGCCUGAGAAGCCACCGCUGACGAGGGGUCAUACGGUCGGACAUAUUGUACGAAUACUUAAAGAAGAUCAACAUUCAACCCCACCUAAAUCUCAUUUGAUCUCGCCACCAAACGGCAGAAACAGCAACCAGCCGUUCUCUUAUACGAAGCCGAGUACUAGUCCUGAUCCUAACUUAUUUGUUAGAAAUAUAAGUCCAGACAGAAUUCCCACACCAGUCAAUAAAAUGAAUGAUAAAGGUGUUGUGUACGCCCAAGUUAUUAGAGAUAACGGUGAUCUUCGUCCUCAUUUUCCAAAGCAAACUAUGCAUAAAGCUUUUUCGCCAUCCAAGGAUAAAUAUGCAAAUUUUUCAGAUGAAGAUGAAGGGCUUGGAUACGAAGAGAGACAUAAAUAUUCUUCUGAACGGAUAUCUGACUUUGAUUACAAAAACGAUACUAACUACAAUUUUAAGGACGGAUUUAAUAUCAAAGAAUCACCUAUUAGACCAAGGUUUAGAGAAUACAAAUUGAUGAGUUUUGAUGACGCUGAACCAACUUAUGCUAAUGGUUAUGCUGAUAAAGCUGUCGAUCUACAAAUACCAAUUGAAAACUUUAGAGGUAGAGCAGAUGGAAUGGAUACGAAGAAGAAGCCAUUUGAGUCUAGUGCACAGAUUGACUUAGAUUUCAAUGAACUCAGCCACAGGAGAGAACUUCUUGAAUCUCGUUUAAAUGCUAGGAAAUUUGAUCGUGAUCGGGAAAAAAUCAGUUUCAAUGAACCUAUUUCAAAAUAUCUCGCUGAAAAUGAUCCAAUAUAUGAAGCUGAGAAACGUAUGAAACAGACAGAAAAAUACGUAAAUGACACAGUAAAAUAUUAUCGACAUACGUUAGAGAGAGAUGGCAUUGAAAGUACAGUAACUGAAGAUUAUAAAUAUGACUCCGAUAGCUAUAAAGUUAAAUAUAACACGGAGUCUAGGACUUUUCACAAAACAUCUAAAGACGAGUUAGACAGACGUGAGUUCAUUGAUAGUUUGCGACCAGGAAGGUAUAAGGAUGAAAGGAAAAUAUUUCCCCCUGAGCCUGAAUAUGAACCACCCAGUUUGGAAUCUAACCCUGGAAAACUCAUAGCGUCACCUGAUGAGUAUAAAGAAAAGAAAUAUAAAGUAAAGAAAAAUUUUACAUCUAGUCACGAUCUUCUUCAGGGUGGUCAAAAGUAUAAAGUUAAAGAAGAUUAUUUUGGAAAAAGAAAGGGUCAUUAUGCAUCUAAUCCAGAAAUAGCUCAAGAACGAGAAGAUGAUUACGCUAAUCUUGGCUAUAAUAAUAAGCACGAAUCUUACCAUAACUCUUUACGUCGGGUUAAAAGUAAAGAAAAAGAGUUUAACAAUCAUUCCAGCAUACGUCGACAUGAUUCUGGUGAUAGCAGAGAUUACUAUCGCGAGCAAAUGUCGCCUCGACGAUUUGAUUUUGACAGUAGAUUAGUUGAUUCUGGUAUCGAAAACGAUUUUAGACACAAUUCGAGUGGUGAGAUUCAUAGGUCUAAGCCAAGAAGACAUGAAAGUGACGAAGAUAUUCGCAAUACUUCUUUAUUAUUGGCUAGUGAGAGACAGCAUACAGAAGAUAACUAUCCAAGCGAGCAAAUCUAUGCAAAUGGGGAUUACUUAGCGAAACAAAAGAAGUAUCGAGGUGAUAGAAAAGAUUAUAUUCCUAGAGAUGCAGACGACGGCUCUCUUUUAGAACCAAAACAUUAUCGCCACGAUAAAAGUCCGAGCAGACACGAUGAUAAAGUUAGUGCGAAGCCACCAAAAGCAACUAAGAAGCUAUCUGGACUUGAAAAGAUGAAACAGCUAUUCUCUCGCGACUCUUCUAAGAAGAGCAAGAAAGAGAAGGAGGUCCAACCUAAGACUCGCACCCGGGUGCUCAAGAGCCCUGAACAUCUUGCCAGAGACGAUCCUGAGUAUAGAAGAUAUACAGACCCAGAACCUAGUGACAUAGAAGUAAAAAAGAGAGAUGACAAAGAAGAAAGAAGGUACAGAAGAUCUAGGGAGGAUCUAGACAACUACAGGAGCCCUGACCCCCGGGAAAGCAUUGAUAACAGAAGGGAGGAUCGGUAUAGGGAUUCAGAUUUUGAAGGAAGAUUCGAAAGAACUGUAAAAGAAGAUAGAAGGUACAAAGAGCGUCGUGAAGAAAGAAGAAGGUAUAAUUCAUCAGAAAGAGAAAGCGACAGACCAUCUGACGUAGAGAGUGAUCGACGAAGAACCAGAUCUAAUACGGCUGGCCCAUUGGAUUCACCUGCCUUGGCUCAAAGAUAUCGCGAGAGGAGGCGCUUGGCCACACCCAGCCCGACUCCCUCACCUCCGAGACGUGAAUCCUCUACUCAUACUUCUGGUAAUUGGUUCAAAUCCAUGGAUAGAUCUAGCAAGAAGCGAGAUAAGAACUUAAAGGUUGAGAAAGACAGCGUAAUAACAACAGAAGAUGAACAAAGUCGUCGAGUAUGGUCAAAAUCAACAAAACCAUUAAACUCUCCAGCCAAAAAUCUUAGAUUUUUCGGUGACACAGAUCACGAGUCGGAUGGAAACAGGCACACACUUAAAACAAAAUCAAAAAAUCAUGGAACGUUACGAAAAACCAUUUCCAACUCUAGCGCGGGCUUAGACGAAGUAGAUCACAGCGAACUAUCGAAUAAGAGCUAUUCCCUAUCGAACCUUCACAGAAAAGACAAAAGUGAAUCGCCGAAAACGAAAGAGUAUUAUAAGAGAAAUUUAAAGAAUAUUUCGGAAAUAAACAGUAAUUCAGAGAAUGAGAGUCAUUUUGGGAAGAAAAUGACAUUGAAGCCACCAAUUAGUCCGUACGACAGAUCGAGAAGUCACAGCAGUUCUAAGACUUUGAAGGGAACUAAGAGUGACAUGCGGCGGAAUGGUAGAGGAGAUGAUAGAGGCAGUUCCUCUGAGUUAAGAAGCAAGCAAGAGUUACGAGACAUAAAAUCUCGUCGUCGCACUCCAGUGACGAAUUCUGGUGAAAGCAGCACUGAAGGCGACUCCAGCCAACAGUCACAGCGCAGUGUCGUGUACUUACACGCUACUACUGUCGGGGACAUCCCAGAUCCCGGUCGCAUCACGAGGAACCGUUCUAGAGAUGACGUCUCGUCUGUAAUGUCCUCUAACGUUCAGGUCAAAUCUAGCACAAAGAGUUUCUCUCUUUUCGCUCCCUGGACCCCACGCCACUACAACGAUCAAUACGAUGUACAUUACGAACAAAAACCUAGAAAACCCAAACAAAAAGAAGCGGAAAGAUUCAAAAAAUCAACAUCGACACCAAGAAACGAACCUAUCUUACAAAAAAACAAAUCCUACAGUCAAACCACCUUGAAUCGCAGACCGAAUAGUCAAAAUCGAUUAACCAGUAGCAGCACAGCACUACACAGAAGAGAAAGAGGGAAAGAUAAUGAUGUGUCCCAAAGCACAAUGUCUCGGAAAAGUGCGAGUGGGAAGAAGAGUCAAUCGAGUCAGAUUUUAAAUAGAGAAGAAAGAGAUAAAGUAUCUCGGUCGGUAUCGAUACCGAAAGAUAAAAAGGCUGGCUGGUUUAAACUGUCGAAUAAGAAGAAACAAGAGAAUAGUCGCGUUCGA